AAUUCAUCACCCCCUUCUCUUCUUCUUCUUCUUCUUCUUUUCUCUUAAACCUUUUUGCUCAACCAACCCAAAACAACCCAUCAUCAUAUAUAUCUAUCUCCAGUCCACACACACACACACACACACACACACACACACAAAGAAAAAAAAAAAGAAAAGUCAAUACGAAUCUCUCGUGUUACAAAAAGUGUCUCUCUUUGUCCAAAAAAAAAAAAAAUAAUAAUAAUAAAUCUUACAAUACAAUCAAAACAAACCUUUUUUCAAGAUUGUCCAUCGCAUUCCCAGUUCAGCAGCAGAGGAUUCUUUUAGUCUCUGAUUUCACGUGAAGAAGUUAUUAGUAGUUUCCGAGAUACAUUAUGUGGAACGGAGCUCAGAAUGGAACUCACAGUGUGGGUGAAAGUUCUAGUUCAACUUCAUUGAGCAGUCAGCAGGAUAUUGAGGAUGACCGGAUGAUUGCUGCUGUGCUAUCUGAAGAGUAUGCUAAGUUAGAUGGUGCAGUGGGUAGACGCCUUUCCAGUUUGGCAUCUAUUCCUCAUGUCCCACGAAUAAAUACCUUCAUCCCUGACUUUAAUGAUGCAAGUUUGGAUCACCAACGGCUUCUCCAGAGGCUGAACAUCUAUGGUUUAUAUGAAGUGAAGGUUUCUGGGGAUGGAAACUGUCAGUUUCGUGCACUUUCAGAACAAAUGUACAAGUCACCUGAGUAUCACAAGCAUGUUCGGAAGGAUAUUGUGAAACAGCUCAAAGACUACCGUACUUUAUAUGAAGGCUAUGUCCCAAUGAAGUACAAACGUUAUUACAAGAAAAUGGCAAAAUCUGGUGAGUGGGGGGACCAUAUUACCUUACAAGCAGCAGCUGAUAAGUUUGCAGCAAAGAUAUGCCUUUUGACAUCAUUCAGAGAUACUUGUUUUAUUGAGAUCAUACCUAGAUCCCAGGCGCCUAAACAAGAGUUGUGGUUAAGUUUCUGGUCUGAGGUUCAUUACAAUUCAUUAUAUGAGAUUCGAGAUGCUCCACCUCACCCAAAGCCUAAGAAGAAACACUGGUUGUUCUAGGUGAAGCAGAUUGUUCAUUUUGGUAUAGCAUUCAGGAUUUUGAGAGAUUAUUGUGCAUAUUUUCCAACAUCACCCCCCUCCUUUUUUUCCCAUAAUUUUAUACUCUUUCUUUAUUCUUUUUUUUUUUCAUCCCAUUUAAUUUUUAUUUUGGGUGUAUUUAUGUUAAUAACAGUUUUACUGCUAUAAAUUUUAUACAGUGCGUAUUGUUAUCUUGAUGUA